UUUUGGUAAUUUAUCCUCUGCCAGUGGAGUACUCUAGUCCUUAACCAGAAGCUGAUACAAGGCGGCAGGCAGUUGUGUUCUAUUCCUCUGUUUUGUUUCAUCGCAGCCGGCCAUUCCCCUCCGAUGUGCAUACGCGGAUAACUGGCUUUGUCAAAAGUAUAAUCGCUCCGCAUCUGGAGGCCAUAAAAAGAUCAAAAGUUAAUGCUCUGCAUUUUCACUGUACACAUGGUACUAAGUGUUGCCGUAUCUUGCUUGAGCUUUUCGCAAUAUGCUUAUCAUUCAAACGACAUGUCAAAACAUAUAUCAUUGAGUAAAUAUAGAAGAGACAUAAGGAGGGGUUGCAUUACAAGGUCUCAAAUUUUGCCUUCAGUUCUUGGGGAUGCUGAUGGGUUACGAGUAUUUGUGCUCUCAGAUUUGCACACUGACUAUACUGAAAACAUGAAAUGGAUCAAGGACUUAUCGUCCGUCAGAUACAAGAAUGAUAUUCUUAUUGUAGCUGGUGAUGUUUCUGAGACAUACAAGAACUUUAUAAUGACCAUGUCUCUCUUGAAGAAUAAAUUUGAACAUGUCCUUUAUGUUCCUGGGAACCAUGACCUCUGGUGCCAUCGGGAGGGAGAAAUUUAUCUUGAUUCUCAUCAGAAGUUAAAUAAAGUGCUAGAUGCGUGUAGAGGACUUGGAGUUGAGACAAAUCCAAUAGUUUUAGAUGGCUUGGGAAUUAUUCCUUUGCUCUCAUGGUAUCAUGAGAGCUUUGAUAAGGAGGAGGAAAUAACCAAUAUCCACAUUCCACCUCUAGAGAUGGCAUGCAAGGACUUCAAGGCAUGCAAAUGGUCUGCGGAACUGUCAAAUGGAGAUAUCUCGCUUGCCCUGUAUUUCGAUGCAAUGAAUGAGAAGAAUCAAAACGUGAUCAAGGAGAUCCAGAACACAUGUAGCCAAAUAAUUACCUUUUCUCACUUUGUCCCCAGGCAAGAGCUGUGUCCAGAGAAAAGAAUGCUAUUCUAUCCGAAGCUUCCAAAGAUUAUUGGCUCUGAUUGUCUUGAGGUCCGUAUAAGGUCCAUCCAUGGGGUUGAAGGAAGUGCAUCUGCAUGUCAUGUGUUUGGUCAUACACAUUUCUGCUGGGAUGCUGUGCUUGAUGGUAUCAGGUAUGUGCAGGCUCCAUUAGCUUACCCAAGGGAACGGAAGAGGAGAAUGAAUGGGGGUGAAAAUUGGUUGCCAUUUUGUAUCUAUUCUAAUGGAAAGUUGUCUGAUAGGCUUUCGCCGUGUUAUUGGUCUGAUUAUUACUCUUCCAACCCAAGAACACCUCAUAACACUAAACUUGCCCCUUGGGUUGCCAGGUUUUAUAACCAAACAUGACAGUUCAAUAGACUUUAUAACCAGUUUGAAUUUAUUGAUGUAAUUUCUUUCAUCUAUGUAAAGCUUCUGAAUGUUGUUGCUGUUA